CAAAUCACUAUCAUUAAACUCAUCGCCUCUCGGCCACCUUUACACAGCAACCACAGUAUCCCUAGUUCCACCACUCCUUACCAACUACCGCCAUUUUCGUCGCCUCCAACCUCCGAAUUAGGGUUUACUAUGGCGAUGGUUUCAACUUCUCUUACACCAGCAUCCCAGCUCUCCGGUGCUAAAUCCGCCGCUGCUUCUCCGCCUCUUUUCUCCGGACUCCGCCGCUCUUCGAAGCUCGAGUCCGCUUCACUCUCCACAACUCAAUCGUUCUUCCAGUCUGUCAAUUCUCACAUACGUCUCUCCUCUGCUUCUACACGACCUUGCACCGGCAUCGUCGCCAUGGCCGGCACCGGGAAGUUCUUUGUUGGAGGCAACUGGAAAUGUAAUGGGACCAAAGAUUCAAUCAAGCAGCUAGUCUCAGACUUGAACAGUGCAACUUUGGAGCCUGAUGUUGAUGUUGUUGUGGGACCCCCUUUUGUCUAUAUCGAUCAAGUAAAGAGCUCUUUAUCUGACCGAAUUGAGAUAGCUGCUCAAAAUUCUUGGAUUGGGAAAGGUGGAGCUUUUACUGGAGAAAUCAGUGCUGAGCAAUUGAAAGAUAUCGGAUGCAAAUGGGUAAUUCUUGGGCAUUCUGAGAGGAGGCAUGUGAUUGGGGAAAACGAUGAGUUUAUAGGUAAGAAGGCUGCAUAUGCAUUAGGCCAGAAUCUUGGAGUAAUAGCUUGCAUUGGAGAACUAUUGGAAGAAAGAGAAGCAGGAAAAACUUUUGAUGUUUGUUUCAAGCAGUUGAAAGCUUAUGCAGAUGCUGUGUCGAGUUGGGAUAACAUUGUAAUUGCAUAUGAGCCUGUAUGGGCUAUUGGAACCGGUAAAGUGGCCUCACCAGAGCAGGCUCAGGAAGUACACGUGGCAGUCCGUGAUUGGCUUGCAAAAAACGUCUCACCUGAAGUUGCAUCCAAGACACGUAUCAUCUAUGGAGGAUCUGUAAAUGCUGGGAACUCAGCUGAGCUGGCGAAAAAAGAAGACAUUGAUGGAUUUCUUGUUGGUGGUGCUUCUUUGAAGGGUUCGGAUUUUGCAACCAUCAUUAACUCUGUGACGGCUAAAAAGGUUGCUGCUUGAUGUCUGUGUCCGUGAUUAUGGGCAAAGCUUUGCUUUGUAAUAGAUGUCAUCAUCCCUGAGUGUACAAGACUUUUGGUUAUAAUUCUUGAAGAAAACAAGAAUACAGAAUAAUAUAAUGUGCAAUAAAGUAAAUGUCAAAAUUUAUUUUAUGCUC